UUUCACUUGACACAGGCCCUACCUUUAUUAAUAUGGGCCGGUUUGGUCUUUAUACUUUUGUCAAUGACUAGAGAAGCAGGUCUUUAUACUUGGUUAGUGGCUAGGUAGAGUAGCAGGAAGUUCCAGAUCUUCUUCCUGGUACUCAAAAAAAAAAAAAAAAUCUCCUUAAUUUGUGAUUUCCUUGAGCUGUACUAAAUUAAAGAGGCGAGUUUUCAUAAUUGUAACUUUGCUGUUCUAUGACUCCGGUGGGGACAAAACUUACCCUGUCUAGUCUUUACUUUGUCAGUGGCUUAUAAGGGAAGCCGGAAGUUCCAUAUCUCUUUGUUGGUGAUUUUCAUGAGCUGCAGUAAGGUAAGGGGAGCCGGAAUUGCAUAACUCCUUGUUGGUGAUUUUCUUGAGCUGUUCUAAGGUAUGUUGGGAACAGAGAUAGUAGGUUCUGCAGUUGCAGCUGAGGUGUACAAAGAUGGGAGACGGAUUGUCAAUAACAUAAAUCAGACUGUUAAUUAUGCGCAUGACCUGAAAAAACACUAUAAAAGGUUAACAGAUAUUGCAGAGAAGCUAUCUGCUAGAAAGGAAGAUAUAGUGGCUGAAGCAAACAAAUAUAAGACGAAACAGUUCACUAGAGAAUGCCAAGUUUGGAUGUCUACAGUCACGAAGAGUGAAGAAGAUGUGCAAAAACUGAAAACCAAGUACGAGAAAGUACGAGGUAAAAAGCGGUUAUGGAGGGUAUUUCACCAUCGUUUCCGUGCAAAACUUAGCAAAAGCAUGGCAGAGAAGUGCGGUGAACUACAUAUCCUCUGGUCAGAUGCAAAAUUUGAGAGGGGAAUGAUGGUUGAGAAAUUGCCAGAAUGUGUGAGAAUUAUGCAUGCACCCAAGAUAGAAGACAAGCCAUCACUCCACUGCGUUGUUGAAGAUAUAUUGAGCCUCCUAAGAGAUGGGAAUGUUAAAAAAAUUGGACUUUGGGGAAUGGUAGGAAUCGGGAAAACAACAAUAAUGCAGAACUUAAAUGACAAUGAAGAUAUUGCUAAAAUGUUUGAUAUUGUCAUAUGGGUUCAUGUAUCACGAGAUUGGAGUGUAGAAAAGUUGCAACAUGUAAUUAUAGAUCGGCUAAAAUUGAAUAUGGAGGGCAUCACUAACGUUGAUGAAAUUGCUUGGAGAAUAUCUAUGGAGUUGGAAUGCAAGAGGUAUCUACUUCUCUUGGAUGAAGUUUGGCACAUUCUGGAUCUAAAAAAGAUAGGUAUCUAUGGCAACCAAAAGGAUAGCAAGGUGGUAUUGGCGACUAGAUAUCAUCAGAUUUGUCAUGAAAUGGAUGCGUUGAUUAUUAUGAAACGAAUGUCUGAAGUUGAUGCAUGGAAAAUGUUUAAGGAAAUAGUCGGUCAGAAUAUAAAUAUUUCAGGUGUUGAACCAAUAGCCAAGCUAGUUGUUCGUGAGUGUGCUGGUUUGCCGCUCUUAAUAGAUAGGGUAGCAACCACCUUCAAAUUUAAGGAUAACGUCCACCUGUGGCGUGAUGGAUUAAUUCUUUUGCGAAGAUGGCGCAGUAUCAAAGUCCAAGGCAUGGAUGAAUUUAUUGAGUGUCUAAAGUUUUGUUACGAAGAUUUAGAUGCUGACAAUAAAAAAUUUUGCUUUUUGUACACUGCAUUAUAUCCUGAAGACUAUGACAUAUAUAUAGAUUAUUUGUUGGAAUGUUGGAAAGCUGAAGGUCUUAUUCAUGAUGCUGAUGAUUUUAAAGUUGCACGUGGUAAAGGGCAUACCAUAUUGGAUGAACUUAUCAAAGUAUCUUUGCUAGAGAGGAGCAAGAAGAUGAAUCAUGUAAGUAUGAACAAAGUGUUGCGGAAUAUGGCCCUUAAAAUUUCUUCCCAAAGCGAAGAUUUUAAGAUUUUGGUGAAAACCCAAGAGGAGCUACAAGAGCCCCCCAAUGAGGAAGAAUGGCAGCAGGUAAAUCGAAUCUCCUUGAUGGAUAGCAAAUUGUGCAUUUUACCAGAAUUGCCAGAUUGCAACAAUCUUAAAACAUUGCUGCUACAAAAAAAUAAUGACCUGAAAGUGAUUCCUCAUAGAUUCUUUAGAUACAUGCAAAAUCUACUAGUUCUAGACUUACACGGCACUGGAAUUGCGUCAUUACCAUCAUCUGUGUCUUGCUUGACGUGUUUAAGAGCAUUGUAUCUGAAUUCUUGCAUCAAUUUAAUGGGGCUUAAGUACUUAGAAGAACUAAAGCAUCUUGAGGUGCUUGAUAUUCGACGAACUGGGAUUAAUCAUUUACCAAUUCAAAUUGGAUAUUUGAUUCAGUUGAAGUGUUUACGUAUGUCCUUGUCAAAUUUUGGCUUGGGAAAAUCAGGGGAUGUUGAAUGUCAUCAAAAUGUCUUUUCAAAUCUUUCUUUAUUGGAAGAACUAAGAAUUGAUGUAGAUCCGAACACUCGAAGGUGGGAGGGAGUUGUAAAGUCUAUUGCAGAGGAGGUGGCUACCUUGAAAUGUUUGACUUCUCUUUCAAUUUUCUUUCCCGAUGUGGACUGCCUUAAGAGUUUUAUCUCGACAAGCGCAUUGUGGAAGGAAAUGCACUUCACAUUCCACUUUUCUGUUGGUUAUCAUGGCUCAUCAAGUUAUCAUAUUCAAGAUUGUUUUGAAUACCAAAUAAGGAAGUGUUUCAAGCUUGCAAAUGGUGAAGGUGUAAAUCCUGCAAUUUCAGAGGUUCUUGCAAAUUCUGAAACAUUAGAAUUGAUUGGUCAUAAAGGAGCUUCAAGAUUAUCAGAUUUUGGUAUUGAAAAUAUCAAUAAAAUGCGAGGUUGUUUAAUUGAAGGCUGCGAUGAUAUUGAAACAAUUAUUGAUGGUGAUAGUGAAAGAAGAAGUGCAUUAGAAAACUUGGAAAAGAUGUACAUAAAUAAUGUCCCAAAAUUAGAAAGCAUAUGGGAAGGUCCAGUACAUAGUGGAAGCCUAGCUAACCUAACAAGUUUAAUCUUAAUGAAAUGUCCGAAGUUGAAAAAAAUAUUCUCCAAUGGUAUGAUUAAAGAACUCUGUAGACUUCAACACUUAAGAAUUGAAGGAAGUCUUGAAAUCAAAGAGAUAAUUACAAAAUUUGAGAAUAAUGAGUUUGAACCCAAGGUGCUUCCCAAACUGAAAACGCUUGAGCUCUAUGAUCUUCCAAAAGUGAAAAGCAUUUGUACUGAUGACUCAUUGGAGUGGCCAUCUUUAGAGAAUAUUAAGAUAUCCAUGUGCCAGUCGUUGACAAGAUUGCCUUUCAACUGUGAGAACGCAGUCAAUUUGAGAUGUAUUGAAUGCCAACAAUUAUGGUGGAGUGCGUUGGUAUGGAAUGAAGAUACUAUUGAACAAAGAUUACGGUCUAUAUGCAUUUUCAACUAGUCUUUUCGGCUUCAGAUUUCUUCACGGUAACUCUUUUGUGUAAGAUGUCCAAAGUUGAUUGAAUAGCUUGAAUUGAAUGAUGUCCUGAAAUCUGAGAGAAUACUGUGGGUUGGAACCUGGUGUGCUUUCAAGUCUAAAGAUGCUUGUGCUUUCUCAUCUUCUAAGAGCAAAAAGCGCUUAGAUCAAUGACUUAUUGAAGUUGCCAACUUUAGAGAGAAUUACGAUAUCCGUAUACUAGUUAUUGAUAAGAUUGUGCUUCAACAAUGAGAAUCCAAUCAAUUUGAGAUGUGCUGAAGGGCAUCAGUCAUGGUGGAGUGCGUUGGUUGGCAAGAGAUGCCAUUGAACAAAGACUAUGGUUUAUAUGCAUGUUCAACUAACAUUCUUCUUCGCAGCAUUUCUUCUAUGUUAGCUAGCGGUAUAAAUGUCUUCUCCAUCAGCUUUUGGUUUGCUAGAUUUAAAAUUUUUAUUAUGUCCUUUUCGAGAUAACAUAUGAUUGUGAGUUAGUUUUUUAUCUUAAUAUGUGUAAUUAUUUAGUAUUUAUGAUACAUGAAUGUUAGAUUCAAACCUUCCUUAUUGGAGUUAA